AUGGACACAUCAAAUUAUUUACGCCUUCUGAUCAAUCAAUCGAUUGUAGAGAGCGGAAAAUCAUUCGUUGAAUUAUGUAUAACCAAUGAGAUGUGGAGUGAUGAAAGUCAAGAGACACUGACAUACACUCGCCUAUAUAUUUGCAUGUACAGAAAAUCAGUGUCUGCGUGUGUAUUCACAUAUUCGUCGACCACCUUCCAGUCAUCCAGUCAUCGCCACAAGUCACCAUCACAAUGUCAAGAUACCAGUCAAAGCUUGAUGUUGAGAAGACACAGGAAGCUAUCAAAUACAUGA